CACUCGGGCCAACCCCCAGUGGCCAAUCCCCCAGUGGCCAAUCCCCCAGUGGCCAACCUCCAGCGGCUAACCUCCAGUGGCCAACCCCCAGCGGCCAACCUCCAGUGGCCAAUCCCCCAGUGGCUAACCUCCAGCGGCCAAUCCCCCAUGGCUAACCCCAGUGGCCAACCCCCAGUGGCCAACUCCCAGUGGCCAACCCCCAGCGGCCAAUCCUCCAGUGUCCAACCUCCAGUGGCCAACCCUCCAGCGGCCAACCCUCCAGUGGCCAAUCCCCCAGUGGCCAAUCCCCCAGUGGCUAAUCCCCCAGCGGCCAAUCCCCCAGUGGCCAACUCUCCAGUGGCCAAUCCCUCCAGUGGCUAA